AUGAAGAGCAAGAACAGCUCCUCCUCAUCUGAGAGUUUCUUCAGGGCCCAGUAUGAGAGCGUCUGCAAGGAACGGGAUGCGCUUCAGGGCACGAUCGAGGCUCAGGAGCGAGACAUCGACGAGCUGAAGAAAAGCGUCUAUGAGCUCUCGUACAUGCUCUCCAUGCAGGGGAGCGCCGGUUCAGCCCCAGCAUCGGCAAGCCUUGCACCUGCGGCAGCAAGCCCUGGUGCUGCAACGGGGGGCAACGUCACGGGGCCGCCAAGCCGAAAAGUGUUCGACCCCCGCGUCGGAAUCGCGACGGCCCACCUGGACUCUCUCGGCCUCAUGAACGGGGGCGGUAUAAGGGUCGGCAGCAACGGUAUCCGAAUCCCGGCGGGACGAAUUCUCGUGGCAGAAGCAAAACUGGGGAGUAUUGACCGCGGGGUUUCUAAAUCUGGAUUGUUCCCCGUUUUCCUUUCUUGGUGUUGUCGGCGAAUCUGA